AUGAAAUAACCAUUUAUAAAUCACAAUUAUAGGGUAUAAUUUAAGCAUCCAAUAAAUAUCCAAUAAGAAGGUCUCAUAUAAGAAAUAAUAUCUUGUCGUAUUUCAGUAUUCAAAACUGUGUUAUUUGGCUUUCUGUCCUUAAUUACUUGUGGGUUAUUGUAUUUAGUUACAAGAUGGGACUUAAGAAUUUUCCUUUUUUUCCGUGCAAAGAAGUGUGUUCCAAAAUCCGCUACUCAUUUUUUAAUAAUAGGAUAAGGUAAGUGUUUUUGUAAAUUCUUUAUAGACAAAUCUUAAACCUUGGUUAAAUCAAAUUGUUCUAAAGAUGGAAGUCUUUUUAUUGAAUAUAGAUUAUAUAGGUACACUUAUAGUGAAUGUGGAUUUGAUCCAAUAGAAACAAAAUAUCAGAACAUGAUAUAAUAAGAAAUACGAUAAUAAUCAAUAAAUAGGAACUAAUAGCUUGAGAUAUUUGGAUAAAACAAUACAGAAAUACCAGACAAAGGAAUUUUAAAAACGUUAAUUGAAGAAGUCUUGAGUCCAUUUUACAUUUUCUAAGUAUAAGUAAUUGAAAUAAUAGUUUUGUUCGGUUUUAUUGUGGUUUUGGGCAUCAUAUCAGCGAUAUGCAACAGUAAUUUUACUCACAUCACUUAUUUCAAUAUUUAUAACACUUUAUGAAUAAAGAAAGAGUUUCUAUCGCUUAUAAUAAUUAUCUAAAUUUAAUAUUCCAAUUCAAAUAUUAGAUGAAGGUGAGGUUAAAGAAAUAGAAUCAAUAAAUUUGGUACCUGGUGAUAAAUUGAUUAUAAAGGAUGGAAUGAUAAUGCCAUGUGAUGCUAUAUUAUUAAAUGGUUAGGUCAUAUUUAAUGAAGCUAUGUUAACAGGAGAAUCAAUACCAGUUUUAAAAACAGAGCUUCCUAUUAAUAAAGAAAUAUAUGAUCCUUAAGAUUCAGGCAAAUAAUUUACUUUAUUUGCAGGAACAACUUGUAUGGAGAUAAAAGGAUCUGAAGUAAUAGCAUUAGUAACUCAAACAGCGUUUAAUACUUAGAAAGGAUAAUUAAUUAGAUCGAUAAUGUUUCCAGUUUAGAAUUCAUUUAAAUUCUAUGCUGAUUCAAUGAAAUUUGUAGGAAUUAUGGCUAUUUUAGCAGUGAUAGGAUUUAUAAUAACAGUACCAAAUAAAAUAGAAUAUUUAAUGGAUGAUUCAAUAUCAACAUGGGAAUUUAUAAAUGAAGGUUUAGAUUUAAUAACAAUAACAGUUCCACCAGCAUUACCUACAUGUUUAUAAAUUGGUAUAAGUAUAGCAUUGGCAAGAUUAAAGAAUUCUAAAAUAUUUUGUAUAUCACCUUAAAAGGUUAAUAUUAGUGGAAAAGUAACAAUUAUGUGUUUUGAUAAAACAGGAACAUUAACAGAAGAGGGUUUGGAUAUGUAUGGAAUUAGAAUGAUAGAGAAUCAAAGAUUUUCAUAGAUUGUAACAUAAAUAGAUAAUAAUACUGAUGUAAAUUUUGUAAGAGGAAUGGCUACUUGUCAUGGAUUAUCAUAAGUUAAAGGAAAAUUAGUAGGCGAUCCUUUAGAAUUGAAAAUGUUUGAAUCUACAAAUUGUGAAUUAAUUGAAGAAAAGGAAGGAAUUAUAAGAAUUAGUAACAAUGAUAGGAUCAAUGUAGAAAUUGUUAAGAGAUUUGAAUUCUCAUCAAAAUUAUAAAGAAUGUCAGUUAUUAUUAGAGAAAAUGAUCAAUAUUAAGUUUAUAUGAAAGGUUCUCCUGAGAAAUUAAGAUAAUUGUGUAAUAAUGAGUCAAUUCCAUUUAAUUUUCAUUAAGUUUUAGAUUUCUAUGCAAUUAAUGGAUUUAGAGUAUUGGGAAUGGCAUAAAAAUAUAUAUCAUAAAUAGAUAUGGAUCGAAAUGACGUUGAAUUAAAUUUAAAUUUUAUUGGAUUUAUUAUUAUGGAAAACAAAUUGAAACCGAUUACAACUAAAAUUAUUCAAUAGUUGAAAGAUGCUCAUAUAAGAUCUAUUAUGGUUACUGGUGAUAAUGUAUUAACUGCUAUUAGUGUAGCUAGAUAAUGUGGAUUAAUUGAAAAUUAAAGAGUUUAUUUAGGAGAAUUAAGCGAAAAGAAAUUUAAUGGAAAAUAUUAUGUAUCUUGGAAAGAUUUUGAAUAUAACUAAAAUGAGUUAAAUGAAGAUACAUUAGAACCAUAAUAAAAACUCAUUAAUAAUCUUGAUGAAAUAGAAAAAGAUGUAGAUAUUUAAUAAGAUUUUGAAUACUUAAAUUAAAGAUCAUUCUCUAAAAAUUUAGUAAAAAAUAAAUCUUUGCUGGAAGAUCCACCUCCUGUUACUAUUUAACUUGAUAAUAUUAGUGAAAUUUAUACUGACGGUGAUUUCAUGGAAGAACAACCAUGGAAAGACCAUGAGAAUUAUGUAUUGGCUAUCUCUGGUGGAGCAUUUAUGCAUUUAAAUAAAUUUGGAUCUUAAGCAACUCUAAAUAAUAUUCUUGAAAAAACUAUUGUGUAUGCUAGAAUGAGACCAGAAGAGAAAGCCAAUCUAAUUUAACAAUUAUAGAAACAUAAAUCAUAACCUUUAGUUGGAUUCUGUGGUGAUGGUGCUAAUGAUUGUGGAGCCUUGAAAACUGCUGAUGCAGGAAUUUCAUUAUCAUAAGCAGAAGCUUCUAUUGCUGCACCAUUUACAAGUCAAAUCUAAGAUAUUUCAUGUGUUCCUAUUUUAUUAUCAUAAGGUAGAGCAGCUUUAACUACUUCAUUUUGCUGUUUCAAAUUCAUGGCACUUUAUUCUAUGAUUCAAUUCAUUUAAGUUACAAUUCUCUAUCUUAAAUAAUCAAAUUUAACUGAUAACUAAUAUCUUUAUAACGAUCUAUUUACUAUAUUCCCUUUGAGUAUGACAAUGGGAUUAGUUUAAGCUGCUAAAAUUAAUAAAUAUGUGCCUGGAUCUUCAUUAAUUAGUUAUUCUGUUUUGGGAUCUGUUAUUGGACAAACUAUUAUAUAAUUAGCUUUUUAAUUAGCAGUCUAUUUAUUGUUGCUCAAAUAAUCAUGGUUUAUAUCUAAUGAAUAAUUGAACGAAAAUGAUCUUAAUGAUGAAACAAUGAAAGUUUGUUUUGAAAAUACAACUUUGUUUAUUUUUGGAAAUUUCCAAUAUUUAAUGAUUGCCUUGGCUUAUUCAAAUGGAAAACCAUUCCGAAAACCAUUUUAUACAAAUCUAUAUUUUAUAGGAAGUACUAUCUUUCUAUUCAUUCUUGCAAUUGUGUUCCUUCUUAUGAGAAUCGAUUAUAUUGAUGACAUUAUGGGAGUAAAUUAUGCUAUUUUUAUAUUUUUAGUUCAUUUUUUAGAGUUAUGAUGAUCAAUAUAUUAUGCCUGUAUCUUGGACUAGUUUACUAGGAAUUAUUGCUAUAAUAAAUGCUACUAUUACAUUUAUUUAUGAAAAGGUUGUUGUUCCAAAAUUGGUAUUCAAAACGAAAGUGCAAUCAAUACAAUUCUGAAAUAUUC